AUGCGCCCUGCGGCGAAGCUGUUCUAUACAGCUGUUUUCGCUUUUGCGAGCCUGACUAGCGCCGGUCGGAAUGCCUCGCAGGAGCUGGACACCAUGAAAUGUGCUUUUGACCCGUCGGCGACGGUCUCCGACACCUGCAUAUCGUACGAGAGCAUUAACGCUAUUAACGACGAAAUUUAUACCCUCCUGCAAUCCCUCACCAUCGAAUCCGACUUUUUCUCAUAUUAUCGCCUGAACUUGUUUAAUAAGGAAUGUCCUUUCUGGAACGAUGAGAGUAGCAUGUGCGGAAAUAUCGCGUGCUCUGUGAAUACCAUAGAAUCCGAGGAGGAUAUUCCGCUCGUCUGGCGGUCAGAAGAGUUGAGCAAAUUGGAAGGCCCGAAAGCGAACCACCCGCCCCGAGACCUCCGGGAGAAAUUGCCCAAGGAGAGCCCACUUCAAGGAAAGCUGGGAGCCGGAGUUGGCGAGAGCUGUGUGAUAGAAUAUGACGAUGAAUGCGACGACAUGGACUACUGUGUGCCGGAGGAUGAGGGCUCGACUGGAAAGGGUGACUAUGUGAGUUUGGUGGAUAACCCCGAAAGGUUCACCGGCUAUGCGGGAGAAGGCGCGCAUCAAAUAUGGAAUGCCAUCUACAAGGAGAACUGUUUCUUGAAGCCCAUUGAAGAAGAGUUCCAGGAGCAGUCACUUCACGUCCCACUCGGCGGGCUUGAAGCCGUCUCGGACUUCCGGAAUGUCUUGCAGAAGGAGUCGCGUAAGGAGUCUCUCCGGCCUGAUGGAUUGCCGUUUGACAAUGAAUGUUUGGAGAAGCGAGUCUUCCACCGUCUUAUCAGUGGCAUGCACGCUUCCAUCUCCACCCACCUCUGCUGGGACUACUUGAACCAGACCACAGGCCAGUGGCAACCCAACAUGCAGUGCUACAAGGAACGGCUGCAUGACCACCCGGAGCGCAUCUCGAACAUGUAUUUCAACUAUGCGUUGGUCUCUCGCGCCGUGGCCAAGCUCCGCAAGCACUUGAAGAGCUACACUUUUUGUACCAGUGACCCUGCGCAGGACUUCGACACCAAGCAACGGAUGAACCAGCUGACUGAUGUUCUUGCACGUCCGCCGAAGAUUUUCAACGAGGAGAUCAUGUUCCAAGAUGCCGCCGCCCAGGGCUUAAAGGAGGACUUCCGCAAUCGUUUCCGCAACGUCAGCCGGUUGAUGGACUGCGUUGGUUGUGAUAAGUGUCGACUGUGGGGCAAAUUGCAGACUAGCGGUUACGGAACCGCGCUGAAGGUGCUUUUCGAGUAUGAUGAGACCAAGAACGGCGAGAACCCUCCCUACCUUGUUGCUCUGAUCAACACCCUUGGUCGCAUCUCUCACAGCCUGGCUGCCGCGCGCAGUUUCCAUGAGGCAUUUGAAGCGGGUCAUGAGCACGCCUCGCCACUACAGAACCAUGUUCCUUUAGUAGCAGAUGAAAGCCAAGCUGCCGAUUCCACAAAAGCUAGCCAGGGGCGGUGGUACCAUGACGGGAUGAAUGGUGUUUAUUAUGAACCCAACGAGGCGGAGUGGGAAUAUCAAGGUAUAAGGGACCCCAAUGCCCGGAAGCCAUGGGAGCCUGUACCCCGCAACCCGGAUGCCGGCAUCUACGAUGAAAUGAAUUCGGAGUGGGAGAUCGUUCGAGAUACCCUCUUGUACGAGGCUUAUCGCCUUUGGGCGUUCUGGCUGGGCCAACCGGUGCCGCCGCGUCUUUGGAAGAUCCAAGCUCCUAACACCGAUCAUGCGGUACCCCCUAAUACCCAUAGCGAACUCUAG